CCGAUGAUUCUUAAAAUCAAGGGUUCAUCUCACGAGAGAUCUUUUGAAGAUCUUCUAGAUUUUGGUUCCCAACAGUUUCGCAUUGCAGCCACACAAUUCAUUAGAGCCACACUGAAAACUGAAAAGGACCAUGAUCUCCUCCAUUGCAAGGGCAUUUCGUGCGCGGCCUGCAGUCAAGACCAUUGCCACAAGAGCUCUCUUUGAGCAUCAUGCCCCCCCAAGAAUACUAGCACCAAGGUUCUUUUCCACGACGAAUCCACAAAGCUUCCAGCCCACCGUACCGGCCGAAAUCACCCGCGACGUUGCCGAGUCCAUUCAAGACACGACGCUGUUUUAUUUGCGGCAUGGGAUCUCCAAUCAGCGUUUGCUUUCCCUGUCCAAUGACACGGAAUCGCCCUUGGUGCACAAAUGGCAACGCAUGAUGGAAAUCUAUCUGUCUACCCAAGUUUUUGUCAUUAGUGGACUCGGAUACCCUGGCGACGAACGAGGAUUGGAAACCUACACCCGACAUUUGGCAGAAUUUAUGCAACACAAGUGCGAUGACGAGGAAAGGGAUAGUUACAAAAAAGUCGGACAGGAGACUUGGCAGGAGUUAUUGGCAACUGCAUUUGAUCUCGACACGGACAAUAUUCAAACUCUUUCCAUUGUGGAUGCACGCAACAUUAUGCACAAGGUAUCCUCCAAAAUGCAAGAACCUGAUGUUUUGAUGAAGAUCCAAAAGGAAUGCGCCAAAUUGCCUCACAACCCUGACAUUGAGCUCGAGCUGACGCAAAAGCACAUGGUUUUGCAGACCAUUAUUGUGAACGACGUAUACAUGGGCGGCAGCCCUUCGCUGGUCGAAUCAUGCGGGUUUGGUUCUGGCGAGAAAGGAUACGCCUAUUUGCAAUGUGUCAUGGCCGAGUUUGAAUCAGAUCCUUUGAUUGCGCAGUAUGCGGGAGCAGCCAUGGCUCGGAUCUGGGAAGCUGCUGGGUUGGACAUGAAUUCGAUUCAAAAUGCGGGCAACAUUCGCGUGCCUGGUGGCACGCCUUGAGCGAAGAAAUCAAUUGUGACUAGACUACAAGUAAAUACAAAAGAUUGCAAAACACCAAACUAAAACAAAAGAUGGCGAAACGCCAAACUAAUAAACCAUCAUGUUUCACCACGAUAACUCCUACAAUAAUUUGCUCGAAAAUAGGCAACUGAAUUCAGCACGAAGCUAGUCCCAAAAGAUGUGUUCAUUA